AUGGAAAGUUCUAUUUUAAGAAAUUCAGAAAAAUUAAUCAAAACCAUUUAUUCUUCACCAUUAAAUACCAUGAACACAGAGUGUGAUCAUACAAUACAAAGUGAUAUUCAAACAAGCACUAUUGUAUUAAGGCUGGAACUUAAUGAUAAUCCGUACAAUGCUGAUAUUUCCAAAUUUAGAUCGACUGAAAAUUUUUUUACAAAGGACUCUAGCAGUAAAGAAAUAAAAAAAAUAUCAUCCAUAAAAAAUUUAAAACUCCCACUUGAUAUUUCAUACAUUUCUGACAGGUUAAUUGUUGGCUCUUAUCCUGUUACCAAGUAUCCAAAACUGUUAUACAGAAACAAAUUAGAGGAUGUAAUCCAAUUUUUAAACCAAGCCCAUGGACACAAUAGAUGGAAAAUCUUUAAUUUAAAAGUUGAACAAAGUGAUUCUGAUUAUACAGAUAAUGAGUUAUUAUCAAUCAUUAACAGUUUUAAAGAUGCUAAUAAACAAGUCGCCUUAACAAAUUAUGAAAACAACGAAUCUAUAACUCUGCCACUUACGUCUAAUAGCACUAAUACCGAUACUACCAAUCAAAAUUCUCCAAGACUCGGUUGGUUCGAAAUGGCAUCCGAAAAAUUAAAAAAAACUAUGAGCUAUAGUAACACUGGGAGCUACAAUAGAAGUUAUGAAAAACCACAGAAUCUAAGAUAUAAUAAGAAUAAUGCAGCCUCCAAUAUCUCACAGUAUCUAAAUAGAUGUGGAUGGAUGGACCAUGCACCCCCAACAUUUUUAAACUUACAAAAAAUUAUUGACAAUAUGAAACAAUGGUUAGAUGAUUGUGGUGAAAAUAUUUGUUUUGUUCAUUGUAAAAUGGGAAAAGGAAGGUCGGGUGUUAUAGCUACUGCAUAUAUGAUGAAAUAUGACAAUUUGUGUUUAAAAGAUGCCUUAGAGAUUUUUAAAAAUACUAGAUUUAAACCGGGAGUUAGCAGAGGGAUCACGAUACCGUCUCAAUUAAGAUAUUUGAGCUACCAUGAACAGUACUUGUCUUUCAAAAAAGAAAGUGAUCGUCUAGAUAUAAUUAAAAUUUUAAAUUCAGAAUCGAGUAUAUUAUUACAGUUUCAAAUUAGACAGAUCCGAAUUUUAAAGCCUAGCAAUCUUUUAUUUGAUAAAAAAUUAAGAGAAGAAUUAAUUUUUGAAAUAAAUUUUGAAUGUGUGAAUAGUCAUAAUAUGAAUAAAAUUGAGCCCCUUUUCAAGUAUGUGUUUAAUUUCAGUGACUACUUAUUAAAUCUAAAUGGAAAUAUAGUUAUGGAAACUGCAACAAAUGGGAAUAAACUAUUAAUUUUCAAAGAAAAUAAAUGUCUCAAAGUUGGUAUUUCGGAUGUAAGAAUAACUUUUUCCUUAAAAACUAAAUCCAAACAUACAAUUUUGAAUAACGUAUCAAAGUAUUCUUCUUAUUCUUAUUUUUGGUUAAAUUUCUACUGGGAAACUUUGUCAUGCAGUGUUAAAACACACGAGCCACAAUAUUAUUUGUUGGGAUCUUUGCAAAAAGAACAGGCCAAUAAAGUCCGUGGUUUUUCCAUGGGUCAAUAUCAAAUAAAUUGGAAUACCUUAGACGGCAGUGGCGGAAUAAAUGGUAAUUUACAUAAAGGAUUAAAGUUAUUUGACAAGAUAGAAAUAGAUUGGGCUGUGUGA